CAAAAAACUGAUAGUGUUGCACUCACUUAUUAAUUACUAUAUGUUCAAAAGAUUUCAUAUCAUUUCAAUCUGAGGAAAAUAAUUUUUGUUUUGUUUUGAGAAGAGCUAAUAAGAUCGACAACAACAAAAUGAAGUUGAUGCUGUUAUUAGUUUUACUGAUCUUUUUGAAUAUCGAUUUAUCAAAACAAAUUCCAACUCAAUUACGUGAUCAGUCUCAUGAGAAUAUGGAUUGUGUAAUGAAAACGAUAAAGAGAAUACAACAAUUAAUUAUUCAGUCUUCUGGACAAAAUCAAACUCUCACUGAGUCAAUAUUAGAAACAGAUAACUUAGAACAAAAAUUACACUUGCUUAUAGCUACAGCUAUUGAUAUUAUUGAUAACCAAAUAAAUGGACCGAAUUCUCCAUGACGAUGUAAAAUCUGGCAGGCAGAUAAUGUUUUCUUUCUUUUAUUGUCUGCAUAAGUCAUGAACAGAUGAACUAAUUUGAACUUUGGGAAAAAAGUUUAUUUUUUUUUAAUUUAUAAAAAAUAAGAAAAUGAAUUUCAUUUAUGAUGAUUAUUAAUAAAAGUUUUAGUUA